GAGCUGGGGCCGAUGGACAGGCCGGAGAGCGGACCUUGGGGCGGGGUCAUAGGCUGGGGCGGACCUUGGUGCCGGACAGGGUCAAUAAACAACAGCGGGCAGAGAUUCACUCCGGCCGGGGCCGGGACUGGUAAAUGAACUGGCUGGCUGUACGGCCAGCAGGAAGUUUACGAGAUAGAGGCGGAGCUUAAGCCAACGCAGUUUAUAGGAGGUGGGGCUUGAACCCAAGAGGGUGCGACUCAGAAAAAGAGGGGAGUUUCCAGGGAGAGUUUACCCACCGAGCCCCUCAUUUCUCUACACUGACAUCAUAUCUACCCUUUAAACUUUUCCAUUCUAGAACGAGAAGGAUGAGGAGAUGAGCACAAAGGUCUACUUAGACCUGAAAGAAGAAAUUGGGGCCCGAUGAGAGAGAAGGGGAAAUUAGUUGAUAGGGUCCCAAAGAGUGCAGGUGGAGUCUUAAACAGAGCCCCGGCCUCCAGAACCACAGACCAUGCCUGCGCGGCUCUCCUCCCUUGCAUUCCCUGCCCGGACUUCCUUCGCACAUCCCAAGACUCCAUCCAGCCUCCAGCCCCAGACGGCCCCUCAGCCUCUGCUUCCCUAGGAGUGGACUGACUACAGGCUGAGCUGGGACCCUGAGGAGCACGAGGGCAUCGAUUCACUCCGCAUCACUGCCGAAUCCGUGUGGCUACCAGACGUGGUGCUCCUAAACAACAACGACGGAAAUUUUGAUGUUGCUCUGGACAUCAGCGUCGUGGUGUCCUCCGACGGCUCCGUGCGCUGGCAGCCCCCGGGCAUCUAUCGCAGCAGCUGCAGCAUCCAGGUGUCCGGGCCCCACCUGGGAAGCUCAAGGCGCUCCUAGAGACCCUCACUCAGAUAUCCCUCCUCCAUUAUCCCCAUGACCCUCACGUCUCUCUUACCCUUCUGAUUUUCCGUUGAGUUUCAUCUUCUCUGUCCACUUUCAUUGACUUUCAGUCUUCCUCAGUGACCACCCCCCUCCAUUGUCCAUGACCUCCCCGCAUAACCUUCUUAUUCCUGUGACUCCACUUCUCUGUGAUCUUCCCCUGGUGGUCCCUAUCUCCCUAGUGCCCCAUAGCCUCUGACCCCUGUCUGCCCUGUGACCUCCCCAACUCCCCCAGCCCUGACCAGCUCUCUGGCAGCUCUAGUGAUUCUCCACUCCAUCCAGGUCACCUACUUCCCCUUUGACUGGCAGAACUGCACCAUGGUGUUCAGUUCCUAUAGCUAUGACAGCUCAGAAGUCAGUCUGCAGACCGGCUUGGGUCCCGAUGGGCAGGAGCGGCAGGAAGUGCACAUUCAUGAAGGCACCUUUAUUGAGAAUGGUCAAUGGGAGAUUAUUCACAAGCCUUCUCGGCUAAUCCAGCCUCCAGUGGAUCCUAGGGGAGGCGGGGAAAGACGGCGUGAAGCAGUCACCUUCUACCUCAUCAUUCGCCGGAAGCCUCUCUUUUACCUGGUCAACGUCAUUGCCCCAUGCAUCCUCAUCACUCUUCUGGCCAUCUUCGUCUUCUACCUGCCACCAGAUGCAGGAGAGAAGAUGGGGCUCUCGAUCUUUGCCCUGCUGACCCUUACUGUGUUCCUGCUGCUGCUGGCAGACAAAGUGCCUGAGACCUCCCUGUCUGUCCCCAUCAUUAUCAAAUACCUCAUGUUUACCAUGGUCCUCGUCACCUUCUCAGUCAUCCUUAGCGUCGUAGUCCUCAACCUGCACCAUCGCUCACCCCACACCCAUCAAAUGCCCCUUUGGGUCCGUCAGGUAAGAAGAUCUCCUCUCCAACCUGUGUUAACUCUCAAUCCUAGUAUUUGGCUUUUUGUCCAGGUAUCGCUCCUCCCUCCCACCGACUUCAACCUUCCCUUUCACAGACCUGAGGGAGAACUACAACUCCUGAUCUUUAUCCACAAACUCCCUCCAUAUCUGGGUCUGAAGAGACCCAAACCUGAGAAAGACCAGAUACCGGAGCCACCUCCUAUACCUCUCAGGGAUUCUCCAGGAAGUGGCUGGGGUCGGGGAACAGAUGAAUAUUUCAUCCGCAAGCCACCAAAUGAUUUUCUCUUCCCCAAACCCAACAGGUUCCAGCCUGAACUGUCUGCCCCGGACCUGCGGCGAUUUACCGAUGGUCCAAGCCGGGCUGUGGGCCUGCCUCCCGAGCUACGGGAGGUCGUUUCCUCAAUCAGCUACAUCGCUCAACAGCUGCAGGAACAGGAGGACCACGACGCGCUGAAGGAGGACUGGCAGUUUGUGGCCAUGGUGGUGGACCGCCUCUUCCUGUGGACCUUCAUCAUCUUCACGAGCGUCGGGACCCUCGUCAUCUUUCUGGACGCCACGUACCAUUUGCCCCCUCCCGACCCCUUUCCUUGAGGACGAGAGGGCCGAGACCGAGGUUCUCGGCCAGUUGAAUUGAGAGUUUGGUAGUACUCUCAAGUCCCAUCCCUUUCUGCAUCUUAAGUCCUUCACUAGGAGUCCAAUCUUCUCAUCAUUUCGUUUCUAGGGAGGAAGCCCAAGUGGGACUGGGCAGAUGGGGGCCUUGGGCCCACCUGAAAUGCACUAUCCGAUUAUUUACUCUUUGGCUUCUUGAAGAAGCUCCAUUGGAUAUUCACAUCUAGGUUGGCAAUGAAUGGAACAAAGUACAAGAACUAGAUUGUAAGCCUUCUGAGGGCAGGAACUAUGUCUGUUCACUGUAAUAUCCCCAGCACCUAGCACAGAUCCUAACCUAUACAGCCAGUACCUCUGGUUGAAUGAAUAGGGAAAUUUUUUUUCUGUAAGGAAGUACACUAAGUAAUAGUGUUUAUGUUUGCAUGUCGGGACUAGUGGUCGUUUUUUCUUUGUUUUUACUUUUCUGUAGUUUAUUGUAUUUUGUAAUAUGUAUUAUCUUUAGGAUAAAAAAAAGGUUAUUUCUAAAAGGAUGCAUUUGUAAUGAGGAUAAAAAAAGCACACUGUAAAAACCUUAAGUUCCAGCUUUGGUGCUCAAACUUUGGACAAGCUACUAAACUGCCCUGUGCCUCAGUUUCCCCAUCUGUAAAAUGAAGCUAAUAAUAAUAUCUGCUCCCUAGUCUGAGGAUCAUAUGAGAAGAUGAGAACAAAAGCAUUAUACAGUAUACAUCAGAGGUUACAAACUGGUGUGUUUCGUUUGGCCCAUGUUGUUGGCCAGCAGAAUUUAAAAUUUGAAUUGGUUUGCUACUUUUAAAAUGUGGAUAUUUCACAGAGAAAUUUGGAUUUCUGGCUUCUCUUGAAACUUUUUAAGAACUACAGUAGCACCAGGUCUGAUUCCCCUGUUGGCAGCAACCUGCUAGAGCUGAUUAGUGGCUGCCCACUCUGGUCAAGGUAUUUGUAUCAGAAUUCCUCCAAGGCCCCACCCACCUAACCACUCAUUUUACUUGCCCAUGCCUGCAUAACACUAGACAAAAUACAGGGGAGGGGAGGAGGGACAGGGAGUUGAAGCCCGUGGGAGGCCAGGAGUGGAACAAGAAAGGGUGUUGGUGUCUCUUAUGGCCAUCACACACUUUGUGCCUGUUUCCUUUCAGUUUGGAGAAAGGGCUUCAUCUGGGAGAUGAAGAUCUUGUGCCCAGCAGGCUCUGUGAACUGGACUGCGUUAAUGUUUCUGCCUGAAGGUCAGAGCAAAGUCAGCUUUAGCCUAGUGGCUGCAGCAAUUACAGUGAAGUACCUAGGGUCAACAGGCUCUCACGCCUACUCAAUUGCUGGAAGUUGGUGUCCUAAGAGGGAGAAUAGGGCUACAACUUGUAGGGAUCCCUGUGGGACAAGGUUAGCAUGUCCCUGUCCAGCCAGACCCACCAGCCACGCCAAUAAUUGCACCUGGCAUCCCACUGCGGAGCACAGUUCGUUUGUCUUGUUGGUUUAUUGGCCUAGAGAGUUGGACACACACACAAAUGCGGAGAUAAAUAUUGGUCAGUUUCUCUAAAUCUGGGUCCUCACUACGUAUAGAGCUAGAGUCUGUAGAAUUCUAAAUCUUGCGUGCUGUGGCACAGAACCAGUGGCCUUCCCACUCCACCGUCACCCUUCUUCCCAGGGAACAUGGGGAAAGAGGGCACAAACUGACAAGACUUAAUAAUUUUCAAAAGACAAAAUUGCAAAAUCCCAAAUUUCCAACAUGUGAAAUUCACAAUAUUCAAGUUCCCCAACUCCGAUACAUGUAUUUUAAUCGCCAUUUCGCCACAAUCUCCUUUGUUGCCCAGAACCACCAAAUUCUGGAAACUAUUUUCCUAAAUCAUAUUUUCAAAAAAAUAAAUGUCUACAUUCUCAGUUCUCCCAAAAUGUCCAUGGUUUUAGAAUUUUGACCUGUUCUGAAAUUCAAAUUCCCUGGUCCAUCCUCAACCCCUUCCAUCUCUGUGCCUUUUUGCCUCAGAGGAGUGCAGGUUAAGGAUAUAGGGGGACUGUUAUCGCAUCUGCCCCCUGCCUCCAAGGCCUUCCUCAGUCUCUCUUGUGGUUCCGCUGUGUGUAUAUAUAUAUAUAUAUAUAUAUAUAUAUAUACAUAUAUAUAUUUUAUAUAUAUAAUUUGUGUGUAGAUAUAUAUGUAUUCUUUAUUAUGUACUUUUAUUCGCAGUUUUUCUAAAGUGCCAGAAACAAGAUUUGUGGGAAUUUUUUUUGUGAUUUUUUUUUUUUGCAUUUUUCCCCGUUUUAAACUUUUCUCCCCCUUAAAAAUUGGAACUCGGUAUGGUACAUUCAGUAGGAAACUCUUCACUCGGACUGUGGCCAAGACCAAGAAAAGUGCAAAGA